GACAGACGGACGUUAGUGAUAUCGGAACGGAUUUAGAAGAAGAAAAAAAUGCUGAAAUUACAAAUAGCCAACGAACAGGACAGAAAAGAAGCACAGAAUAGAGAGAGGAGGAGACAGUGUGAACUAGAAAGGAGAAAUAGGAUCUUCAAUGCGCGAAACAGGAAAAUUGGUGUAGAUGUUCCGUUCCUCGAGCGUCAGGUCCAAGAGAAGAGAUCAGAGCGAGAGGAACAGCAGAGACGGGAACUGGCCUUUGCACAGCAGAUGAUCAAAGACAGUAACCUGGCCGCGGUCUUAGAAGCCAGACAGAGAGAAGAACGUCGUCGUAUCGGCUUGGAAAUUGACAAGUACCGUCAGAAUUAUCAACGAACCGAGGAUCGACGCGAGUUUGACCUGAACGACCCCGACGUUCUUAAGAAGCAGCUGCCUCCGAGAGCUUCCGAUGGUGAUCCUGUCGGAAUGUCCAGUGCACAAAAAUUCGAAGGUGAAGAUUUAAAUUACGAAGAACGGAAGAAGCUGAUGGCGGCCCAGAAGAACGCCUGGCUCGAACAGCAGGUCCAAGAACGGAAGGGCGCCGAGGAAGAACGCAAAAAAGCCGAAGCAGCAUAUAUGAUGGCUAUAAAAGCUCGCGACCUAAGAGCCAGUGAGCUUGACAAGCUUGAGCGAGAAUGUCGCUACAGACUCGGGCAAGCCAAUUUGCGGUACAAUGAAGCUUUGGCGGCGGAAAAGAAACAAAUUGAGCAGAUAAUGAAAGAGCAGGAAGAGGCGGACAACACUGCUGAGAUGUACAACAAUCUUACAUCGGACAUGCUCACCGAGAACCCUGAUGUCGCCAAGAGUGCACUGGGACAAAACAGAGCGAUUGGGUUCAUGUACAAGGGUAUGAAUCAAGAGGAGCUUAAGAAGUUCUACGCAGGGCAAAAGGAACAAAUGGAAGCCGCGAAGGUUAAACGCGAGGCCGAACAGAAGAUGGAAGCUGAAUGGCAAGCGCUGUCCAAAUCAAUUCAGAGAGAAGUUGCUGUCCAAGACAUUGAGGACAAACGAAAACGCAGGGAAAUGGCUCGACAGUUGAUGGAAGAGAACCAACUAAUGGCUUUACAGCAAAAGGAAAGGGAGAAAUACUUCCGAGAAGUGGUCUACAACAACACGCCAACCGACGAUUAUUACUCUCAGUUCAACACUACCACGAGAUAAAUUUGAUUCAAGCGCUUUUACUACUGAGGUCUUAUAAAGAAAAUAUUAAACAGAAAGACUUACGUCAUAAUGCACAUAUAUUUGAGUAGAGUAA